AGAUAUCGGGGUGGGGGGUUGGGCGUCACCGACGCUGUAAUUCACAGCCCUCGAUGGACAGGGCAGAUGCACUGGGCAGUGACGAAUCGGCCAGAGGGGCGCACGGUAGGACGCCGGGACUCACCCGGGCUCGGGAGCCUCUGGACUUGGUUCAGACAGGACGAAGGAUGGGAUCGACCACCUGACCGGGCCACCGGAGGGCCGGCCGCCGGGUGGGAGGGUGCGAGUGGCCCUCGGAGAACCGGCCACCAGGAGACGCUGCAAGUACGUCUCCACGUCCCCGGGAGGCCGCGGGUCGUGCCGGCGCGAGCGCGCUGCGUCCCGCCGGCCGCCAGGGGGCGCCGCAGGCAGGUGCGCGGUUCCGCUCUCGCCGCGCGGGCGCGGGCGGAGGCGGCCAUGGACCGGUUCGUGUGGACCAGCGGCCUCCUGGAGAUCCACGAGACCCUGGUGCUCCAGCAGCGCGGGGUGCGCAUCUACGACGGCGAGGAGAAGAUCAAAUUUGAUGCCGGAACCCUUCUUCUUAGUACACACAGGCUAAUCUGGAGAGAUCAGAAAAAUCAUGAGUGCUGUAUGGCCAUUCCUCUCUCCCAAAUUGUAUUCAUUGAGGAACAGGCGGCUGGAAUUGGGAAAAGUGCCAAGAUAGUGGUUCAUCUCCAUCCAGCUGCUCCUGGCAAAGAGCCCGGACCAUUCCAGAGUAGCAGGAACUCCUAUAUCAAACUCUCUUUCAAAGAACAUGGCCAGAUUGAGUUCUACAGGCGUUUAUCAGAGGAGAUGACCCAGAGAAGGUGGGAGAGUAUGCCAGUUUCCCAGUCACUGCAAACAAGAGGAGGUUCCCAGCCAGGAAGAAUAAGGGCUGUAGGAAUUGUGGGUAUUGAAAGGAAACUGGAAGAAAAGAGAAAAGAAACUGACAAAAACAUUUCUGAGGCCUUUGAAGACCUCAGCAAGUUAAUGGUUAAGGCUAAGGAAAUGGUGGAGUUAUCAAAAUCAAUUGCUAAUAAGAUUAAAGACAAACAAGGUGACAUCACAGAAGAUGAGACUAUCAGGUUUAAAUCCUAUUUGCUGAGCAUGGGGAUAGCGAACCCAGUGACCAGGGAGACCUACGGCUCGGGCACUCAGUACCACAUGCAGCUGGCCCGGCAGCUCGUUGGCAUCUUGCAGGCGCCUUUGGAGGAGCGAGGGGGCAUAAUGUCACUCACAGAGGUGUACUGCUUAGUCAACCGUGCCCGAGGAAUGGAGCUGCUCUCACCUGAAGACUUGGUGAACGCAUGCAAGAUGCUGGAAGCGCUGAAACUGCCUCUCAGGCUCCGGGUUUUCGAUAGUGGCGUCAUGGUGAUUGAGCUCCAGUCCCACAAGGAAGAGGAAAUGGUGGCCUCAGCCCUAGAGACGGUUUCAGAGAAAGGAUCACUGACCUCAGAAGAGUUUGCUAAGCUUGUAGGAAUGUCUGUCCUCCUUGCUAAAGAAAGGUUACUUCUUGCAGAGAAGAUGGGGCAUCUUUGCCGAGAUGAUUCCGUGGAAGGCUUGCGGUUUUAUCCAAAUUUAUUUAUGACACAGAGUUAAGGGUUUUGUAUUUGAAAUAUUUCUUGCCCAUCUACUUGUAUCAUGUAGAAGUUACGUGACAUUGAGCUAAGAGUAAACCCUGAUGAACUAAGAAUUUAAUGGAACAUUGCACUAUAAAACUUUUCAUUUCUCCCUUAAAUCGAAAGCUAACUAGGGAUAAACAUAGGAAAUUACAGAAAAAUUGAUGCCUAUGUGAAUUUUAAAUCACACUAGAGUUGAAUAAGAUCUUCAAGAGGUCAGCUUGAAAUAAGGAUUUUAAGUUGACCCUGAAAUCUGACCAUUUUGUAGAGAAGGGGGGUGGGGAGAAAAACAAUGCAUGUUUGACAGGUUCAAUCCUGAUUUUGGUGUGACUGAAAUUCAUUGAAUUAUAAAAAUGUCUUUUGCAUGUAAUGUUUCCGCUUCAGAGGGUUUUCAAUAAAGCAGGCAGUGCCUGGAGUAGUAGCGUAAGAGCACUGGAAGAGAACACGGAGGCUGUGUGCCUUGGAGGUGCCUCCCGCAGGCCUGCGCAGUUAGUCAUCGGCACGUCUACAACAGACCAAAUAAAGCACCGGAAAGAAAGUGUCUUUAAAAAAAGGAAAAAUUUUUGUCUCAUACAUAUAUAUCACAUAUAUAUGUAUAUAUAGUCUCAUGUCUUUGUCAUGAUGAUCUGUGGCUGGUCUUUAAAGAAUGCAGUUAUGCCAUUUUGUUUUUUAAAAAUGCUUUAGAUUUGGAGGAUGAACUAAAGAGCUGUACAGACAUGCCCAGAAGUGGGAAUGCAGACUGGGAGGUUGGAAUUCCCAAGGAUUGUUGUGUGGGUGGAGGGUCAGGAGAAUCUCCUACUGACUUAAUAAGAUUCUUGGUGCUCUUUUUAUCUCGAAGCCAUGGAUGGAAAAGUAGAAAGUGGAAGUCCUUUUCUUCCUCUUUAGGUGUAUCCAAAAAAUUGUACUUUUUUUUUAAAUGUAAUUCUUUCUGUCGUAUUUCAACAAUACUUUUCCCUUUGCCCCACAUAUUAAGAAGCUGUGUGGAGAAACUGUCUUACUGAAAAGUUGUGCUGAGGUAACAAAACCUGGCUGGUAUGAAUUUAGAUCACUUGCUUGAAGGUGGAUAGGUAGCCAGAUUUCAUCUAUUACCGUUACACUGUGUGCAGUAUGUUGCCAUUACCUCAAACUUGGGUACCUCACAGAGAAGGAGAUUCCUUUUCUGAGGAUGGGUUAGAAGAAGUUAGUGAUGGUUUGGGGCCAAGCAUCCAAGAGCCAGAAUCUGUGUUGAAAGGACCGUUGGCCCCAGCAAGAGGGUAUGCCUAGACUCCUGUGCGGACCCCUCUGGCACUCCCCGGAGCUAGGCGCCGAGGGCUACACCACAGGCAUCCCCUGGGGAAGUGACAGGAACCCCCUGCCACAGAGCCAGACAGCCCCUCCGCAGGCAGCAAGAGCAGCCCUGAUCUCUGUCGGCGUAGGGAGAAGCGGCUAUCAGCAGCUCCUCCUGGGCCAUGGGGAUGCUGUGGCUGAAGCUUUAGUCUUUCUCUUCAGACCUGUCACUGAUUCUGUGUUGUGUAACACACCCCUCGGCCCCCAGUGUUCAGCCUCAGGUUUAUUUAGGGCAAGUUCCACUUCUGACUGAUCAGGUCUUUCAGGCCAUUGUGUAAAUGUGCCUGUGUCACAAUUCUCUCCAGGUUCUGUUCACUUGCUCCUAAGUUUGCUCUGGCAAACGUGUGUUGCACACGUGUGCGUGCGCACUCACACACGCACAUACACACAGAGUCUCUUGUGACUGAGUUUUAAAAAAUUACAAAGACAAACUAUAAACUUUCUUUUUCCAUUUUUACCUAGUUGCAACUAAGAUUGCUUGAACUACUAUACCUAGAUUUAAUGGCUUGAGAUCAUUACAGAAAACCUCCACGUUCUUUAGCAUUCAUUUAUAGUAGUGUGGCAAUAGAUUAGCAAACAGAGUGCACUCUCAGUGGUAAGAUGUGUAAUGAAGAGUCUCUCGUAGCUGGUUCCCUGCUGGCCUCUUGAAUCUGGGUGCACGUGCUCUUCAGCUCUGGGAACUUCUGCACCAUGAUUUGACUUUUACUUCUUCAACAGAGUCACCUCACCCUCUGGGAUCCUGGUGUUUCUUAUGCUGUUCAUCUUGCAUUCAUCCCAAAGUUCUCUCCUCUGCUGUUCAUUUGUUUUGCAGCUUUUUUCCCAUCUUCAGCUGUUGUCUUGCGGUUUUCUGCAUCUCAUCUUGGAGCUCACUGAUUUUGUCAGCUGCUGUUAACUCUGCUGCUGGGGCCUUCCAGUGUCUUUUUCAACUACCAAAGUCUUGAAGUCUGUCAUUUCUGCUUGUAGUUUUCUCAUUUUUGCUGUUAUUUUGUGUUUUACUGGCUGUCGACACCAUUGUUCUUGCAGUUUGUUAAACACCCUCAACCUUUCCUCUCUUCAGUUCCUUAUCCAAGAGGUCUUAGAGCUGGUAAGUGAAUUGUGUGGUUUUGGGGGUUGGUUUUUUGGUUUGUUUUUUGUUUUUGUUUGUUUUGUUUUUGUCUUUUUGGAUCACAGCCAGUGAUGCUUUGUGGUUACUCCUGGCUCUACACUCAGGAAUUACUCCUGGCGGUGCUCAGGGGACCAUACAGGAUGCUGGGGAUCAAACCCAGAUUGACUGCCUGCAAGGCCAGCACCCUACCCACUGUGCUGUCACUCUGGCCCCAACCUGAUGGGUGUUGGUUGGAUCUCUUCCCUCUCUGGUGUGGUGGGAGAUUGAGCUGCUUUUUUAUUGCACUGUUACAGGCUGGGUUUAUUCUCAGACUGCAACUGUGCUGGCUGUGUAUUAUGAAGGGAAAAUGCCACACACUUACUCUGGGAGACCUGAGUAGUGGUCCUCUGAUUUUGGGAGGCAGAUUGCCUCUGCUGGCUGCGUAGUGCAUGGGGGGCACUCACCGGGAAGCUAGCAGGGUUGCAUCUGAUCCAGGUGGGCAGGCAUGCACACACACACACAGGCAUACACACACACACUCUUCCCGGCAUGACACAUACACACACAGACAUCCCUUCCUGGCAUCACUCACCCACAGACCACCACACCACAGCUCCCUCCCGGCUCUUCUCUGUAUAUCAGAUUUAUUCGUUGUCUUUUAGAAAUAGGAUUCUGGAGGUCAUGAAAGGACCGGAAUGGCUUCUCUCUGAGCGCUAGAGUCUCGUGUUCAGAUCUCCCUGUUUGUUCCCAUUGGGCUUCCUCUGAUCCUCUUUCCAGGGCAGCAGAAGCUCCUUUUUUUGUCUCACAGUGAACUUCAGUAAACAGUCCACAGGGACACAGGAGCAGGUGAAAGUCAGUCAGGAUAAUGGUUCCCCUCUAGCAUGAAUAGGGGGGAAAUGACAUGACUAUGUUCUGCAGAUGUCACAUUGGAAAAAAUAGACAAUACCAACUUUAUUUUUAGUGGGCAUUUUGGCUUUUUUCAGACCUCUACACAUGCAUAUUUUCAUCCCUUUUUUUUGUCAAAUUAUUUUUUUGGGUCUCUUUGAGUAAAGGUUAUAUAUUUAAAUAUAUGGAACCAGUCAGGCCCUAUGUGCAAAAACAUCCUCUCUUGGUGCUUUUCACUGGUAUUAUUUUUAUUUUCCCCAACUUUGUUCCUAGCAUAAAUCUGUAACUUUGGGAUAAUGGGAUAUUUCUAGUCACAGACUGUCAAAAUUGAUUUACAUUGUACAAGUGAAAAUUGUUUUCUGGGAUAAAUGUAGUUAAUGUGUUAUAGGGUAAAAUUAUCACGAAAUUAAAACAUGCUUUUUACAUAAUUUGUUCUUUUAAAAUACUGUUUAAAAAUGUGUGGAAAUGAUAAACCUUAGUAUAAGCCAAUUCAUUCAUUUUCUCUUUUAGAUUUUAUGAUCUGGAGUUGGUUAUAAUACUUACAACUGCAAACUUUUAGUACUGUAGUUAUCUUGAAAGAAUGGAGAUAGCUUAUGAACUGUGUUUGGCUUGUGUCUAAUUGCUGAUAUGAGUUCCAGUGUUGAUUUGCCAGCUGUGUUCACGUGUCUGCACAGUCUAUUGUUCCUGUUCAUCAAACUGACCAGCUCCGAAUACUAGUGUACUUCAAAGACGGUUCCCCUUUGCCCAGCAAUUUCACACUUCUGGUUAGCAGAGUCCCUGUUUACAGAGUGUGUAGGCCUUAGGGACUGCAGAUGAGCAUACUUAAAAUGAUAAAUAUCUCUCAGUUGCCAAUAAAGCUCGCUGUUUAGUUAGGAUUAGAAUCCCUAAAGGAUGACCCAUGUCAUGAAUUUUGUAUGACUGUAAUAGGUAUAAUACAAAAACCUGAAUGUCAAAAGCAGGCUUUUCUAUACCAAUAAACUAUUUAAAUUUAUUUUUUCCAAUGUGUAUGAUUAUGUUUAUAUAGUCAUUGCUAAUCCCAUUCCUUAUGAUAGAUCUGAUGGAUUGUAAGCUCUUUGAUAAAGCUGCCAUUUUCAUGUGAUGUUACCCUCAGACCCUAGAUUAGGACCUGGCACACCAUGAGCAUUCAAGAAAUAUUUACAGAAUAAAUGAACUCUCUGAUGUAUAUGUAUAAUAUGGGUCCAUUUGGUCCUGUUUUAUCUGCCAUUUAAUUCAAUUAAAAAAAACUUGGUUUUUCAUACAAA